AUGGAACUUUUGGGAAGCGGCAAGUGCGUCGGUAUUGGACUCCUGCUGGUCGGUUUCCUGCUGGCGCAGAUCGGCUCAGGCAGCGCGUUCCUCACCGUGAAUCACGUCGUCACCGAGCGCAUCUCCAAUCAGACGGAUUUCGUUAACAACGUGCUCAGUGACGAGUUGCCGCUGCGGAUCGUGGAGUACUCGCAGUACGUGUACGAUUGGGACCGGGACACGUUGAAAGUCAACGGAAAGUGGGUUUUAAAUUCACCCAACGACGACUACCUGUACUUCGUGGAGUACAGCCAGAAAAUUGACAAAUCGACCGGGUUUAAGGAGAUACUGGCAAACCUGCAGGAGAAACAGCUGAUCACCGAUAUCCGACGGGUGGAGCGGGUCAAACCACAAAGUUUCCACUUCGAGAAGACGAUUUUCUUCGGCAAAAAGUAA